AUGGAUCGUAUAGAGCCGGUAGAAGGCUCUCAAGAUCCUGAAGGUCAGCAACCGCCGUCGUCGAAUCUGUCCCGACAACCGUCAUCGCAGCCUACCCGGCCGCGCGCCUUAUCAUCCCGUACCCGCCGCCCGACCAUCCGCCUCCAGCGCCUGCCGUCGUACACGGCGGACCAGGUUCCCACGCAGCCGCAGAGAGGUUCUGAUACUCCCGGGACAAACGAGAAUCGAACCAGUGCCAACUUGAAUGCCUCCAGCUCGAACCUCGUAUCGCCCACCGCCUCCCAACCCGCCGACGACUCAUGGCAGGCGAACCGCCGGCGCAGCAGCUCCGAACCCCAUCGGGGGCGAUGGUCAACGGCAGCAACUCCCAAUUCCCUUCCAAGAUUGGCGAACGGCCAGGCGCUUUCCCGAGUAGAUGAAUCGAAUUUAUCUCCUCUCGGAGCCACCGCUACGAACCCGACCUUCCCGCCGGAAGAUCCCCGUGCAAUUCCGAAUGCUCCGGUGCAGAGGAGAGGGAGCCGUAACUUGCUACGAUGGACAAGCGAAGCAGCGCUUAAUAGAUUCUCUAGAAACCGAGUGACUGAAGAUGGAACCCACCCGGAUACACCGGAGGAUGAAACGGAGUACCACCCUCAUAUCGUUGAUGUGUUGGAUGUUAUCGAUCCUCAAGUGUCCGCUCUGUCAACCCUCACAAAUGUUCAAAACUCGCUCUUCGUUCCGAAUCUCGGCCCUUUGCUGAACCGCAACCAAACCUAUACUUUAUCGCCACCUAGAGAAUCGUCGGAAGAGGAGGAAACGACUACUACCGAUGAAGGCGAAGAGCCGACCGACGAAAAGGAUCACCCGCAACGCCCGCCACUCGAGCGUCCGCUCACGAGCCUCUCCGCCGUGCUCGAGAAACAAGACACUCGAUUCGCCGUGCUACCCGAAGGAAGCAAUCUCGAAGGAUGGACUCAAAGGGAUGUGGAGGAGUUGAAUGAUCACGUCCGGCAUAUGCUGCAUUCUCGGCGAUCGAAGUUUAAGCGUUCGAUGAAGGGAUUCGGGAAAUACGUGUCCAAGCCUCUUGGGUUUCUCAUCACUCUAUAUGCGACUUUGAUUACGCUUUUUGGACUUGCUUGGGUACUUUUCCUGAUUGGCUGGAUCAAUGUUGGAGGGCGACAGCUCUAUAUCAUUAAUGUCAUUGACAAUGUCCUGGUGGCUUUGUUCGCAAUCAUGGGCGAUGGGUUGGCCCCGUUCCGUGCCAUCGAUACGUACCACAUGAUCUUUAUCGCGCACUACACGUUUUUGACCUGGAAGAUUCGACGAAAGCGCCGCCUUCCCGAACUGAAGGAUAAGAACGACCUCCCGGCGCGACGCGAAAUCGAAGUGGAUGUCGAGUUUGGCGACACCCCGAAAGACGAAGAGCACGAGUUCUCCGUCCUCAACCGCCUCCAGCAGCAGAAACUUAUGCACCACCAGAAAAAAUUGUCUCGGUCGCAUACCUUCUACAAACCUCACGAGACGCUGACUCACCAUGCUUUCCCUCUUCGUGUUCUGAUUGCCAUCGUGGUCUUGUUGGACUGCCAUUCUUUACUCCAGAUCUCGCUUGGCGCCUGUACGUGGGGCAUCAGCUACCAUGUCCGGCCCUUCGCUCUCACCACCGUCAUCCUCUGUUGCUCGAUUGCCUGCAAUAUCAGCGGCGGUGUCCUUAUCAUGAUCGGGGACCGCAGGUCGCGGAAGAGAGACGUUGUCGAGCGAUUAUUCCGCGAGAAACUGACCAGCGAAGCCAUGAAGAAGAUCAACAAGAAGAAACGGAAGGUUGAGAAACAGAUUACCGAGGAAACCGGCGAAGAUCCGCCGCGGGUGUCUACCGCAUCGGCGCGCCCUCAACCCUACGAAGGCACUUGA